UCAACUCCGGAGGGAGAAGAAGGCGAAGAAGAAAGCCAGCAGGAACACACAGCGACGACACUCGCUGCGUGUGAACGAGAGAUUGUGGAAAUGGAUCAGCCGCCACAGCGAUCGAGCUCGGCCUCAGCCUCGCGGGCCUACCAGUUCCAUCCGGCUCGUGCCGCCAUCAACGAUCUCUUCAACCUCUACUUAGGAAGGAACAGCCGCCACAGAGCCGACGAUUCCGUCCGCGAACCUCCGAAUAAGGCGCAGAAGCGUGUUGUGGCUUUAAACAGAGACCUUCCUCCUCAGAAUGACCAGUUCAUUGUAGACUUCCAGCAACUUCAAAACCAGUUUCCUGACCAAGAUCAACUGCGAGCUGUGACAGAAUCUGUUCUUAUAUCUUUGGUUGUACAGUGCAGUGGUCAUGCGCCACGGGCAGAGUUUCUUCUCUUUGCUCUACGGAGCUUGUGUGGUAUUGGUUACAUUAACUGGGACACAUUUCUGCCUUCUCUUCUUUCUUCAGUUUCGUCAGCUGAACUGUCAGCGGGUCAGGGGAGCCAGUCUAUGCCUGUAGUAUCACCAACAAGCUUAUCACAGUCUGACAGGGUAGCAUCAUCGGGCGCAAUCCCCAAUUCGAACUUUCAGCCUUCCAAUCCUACAUCUCCAUUGUCAUCGGUUCAUGUCAUAGGUUCUCCUGCCCAGUCAACAAUUGAACCAUCAUCUGGUGCGACAAUGUCACCAGUAAAAUCAUCUGAUGUCUCCUUCUCUGGUCAACAAGCCGCAAUGAGAACCAGUUCAUCUGUAAAAGACAGUGCUGUGAGCAGCCUACGUCAGCUAUGCUGCAAGAUUAUCUUGACAGGUCUUGACUUUAAUUUAAAACCAGUGACUCACGCUGACAUAUUCUCACAUAUGCUUAAUUGGCUUGUUAACUGGGAUCAAAGACAACAUGGAAUGGAUGAAUCUGAUGUCAUCAAGUCCUGGAGACCUGACAAGGCACUGAUAGAAUGGCUACACAGUUGUUUGGAUGUGAUUUGGCUACUGGUUGAGGAGGACAAAUGCCGGGUGCCCUUUUAUGAAUUGCUACGCAGUGGCUUGCAGUUCAUAGAGAACAUCCCGGAUGAUGAAGCCUUAUUCACCCUUAUCUUGGAGAUCCAUAGGAGGAGGGAUAUGAUGGCGAUGCACAUGCAGAUGUUAGAUCAGCACCUUCAUUGUCCUACAUUUGGAACUCAAAGGAUACUAACCCUUACUACUCCUAAUGUUUCUGGUGAAGCAGUUGGAAACUUACGGUAUUCCCCGAUCACAUAUCCAAGUGUGCUUGGAGAACCACUAAACGGAGAGGAACUUGCAACAUCAAUUGUACGGGGAAGUUUGGAUUGGGAAAGAGCAUUGCGAUGUAUAAGACAUGCUAUUAGGACUACUCCAUCACCUGACCGGUGGAAGCGUGUGCUUUUGGUAGCUCCUUGCUAUAGACCUUCAGGACAACCACCAACUCCUGGUGCUGUUUUUACGUCUGAAAUGAUUUGUGAGGCAACAAUCGAUAGGAUUAUUGAGCUAUUGAAGUUGACGAAUUCAGAGAUAAAUUGCUGGUCAGAGUGGCUCAUCUUUUCAGAUAUCUUCUUUUUCCUAAUGAAGAGUGGGUGUAUCGAUUUUGUUGAUUUUGUGGACAAACUAGUUGCGCGACUUACAGAAGGUGAUCAAUAUAUUCUUCGUACAAAUCAUGUGACUUGGCUACUUGCCGAAAUUAUUCGAGUCGAGCUCGUGGUAAAUGCAUUGAAUAACGAUUCUAGAAAGGUGGAGACAAUCAGGAAGAUUUUGUCAUUUCAUCGAGAAGAUAGAGGCUCGGAUCCUAAUAAUCCGCAAAGUAUCCUACUCGAUUUUAUUAGCAGUUGUCAGACUUUACGAAUUUGGUCCCUGAAUUCAUCAACGAGGGAAUAUUUGAAUAAUGAGCAGCUUCAGAAAGGAAAGCAAAUAGAUGAAUGGUGGAGGCAAGUGGGCAAAGGAGAUCGCAUGAUGGACUACAUGAAUAUGGAUGAGAGGUCCAUAGGGAUGUUUUGGGUUGUAUCUUACACCAUGGCUCAACCGGCUUAUGACACGGUGAUGAACUGGUUAUCCUCUGCUGGAGUUGCGGAAUUAUUACCAGGUUCUAAUAUGCCAACAAAUGAGAAGGUAAUGAGGGAAGUAAGCCCAAUACCAAUGGCCCUAAUCUCUGGGUUCUCAAUGAACCUGUGUUUGAAAUUGGCGUUUCAGAUGGAGGAGGCUUUAUUUUCCAACCAGGUUGUGCCUAGCAUUGCAAUGGUGGAAACAUACACAAGACUGCUGCUUGCUGCCCCCCACUCAUUAUUUCGCUCUCACAUCAGUCAUUUGGCCCAGAAAAAUCCGGCCUUGUUGAGCAAGCCCGGUGUUACGAUUUUGCUAUUUGAGAUUUUGAACUAUCGCUUACUUCCUCUCUACAGAUACCAAGGGAAAACCAAAGCUUUGAUGUAUGAUGUCACGAAAAUUAUUGCUGCUCUCAAAGGGAAACGCGGGGAUCAUCGUGUAUUUAGAUUGACUGAGAACUUAUGCAUGAAUGUAAUUUUCUCGCUGAGAGAUUUCUUUUCGGUGAAAAGGGAAGGGAAGGGUCCAACUGAAUUUACUGAAACUUUGAAUAGAGUGACGGUCAUUACCCUAGCAAUACUCAUUAAAACUCGUGGCGUUGCUGAUGCUGAUCACCUUCUAUAUGUUCAAACUAUGCUGGAACAAAUACUAGCAACUAGUCAACAUACGUGGUCAGAAAAGACACUACGCUAUUUCCCUUCUGUGCUUCGCGACGCCUUGAAGGGGCGAAUCGAUAAGAAGGGCCUUGUCAUUCAAGCAUGGCAGGAGGCGGAAAGAACUGUCAUAAACCAAUGCACCCAGCUUCUUUCACCAUCCGCAGAACCUAAUUAUGUGACAACCUAUAUUAGCCAUAGUUUUCCUCAGCAUCGUCAAUAUCUAUGUGCUGGAGCAUGGAUUCUGAUGCACGGGCAUCCUGAAAACAUUAACACUGCGAGUCUGGUGCGUGUAUUGAGGGAGUUCUCUCCUGAGGAAGUGACUGCUAAUAUCUACACCAUGGUAGAUGUUCUUCUUCAUCAAGUUCAGGUGGAACUUCAUCAUGGGCAUUCCAUGCAGGACCUCUUACUUAAAACAAGUGCCAACCUUGCAUUUCUCAUUUGGAACCAUGAGUUGCUUCCUUUGGACAUACUGCUACUGGCACUAAUUGACCGUGAUGAUGACCCCCAUGCCUUACGCAUUGUGAUCAACCUACUUGAACGACAAGAACUUCAACAAAGAGUGAAGCAAUAUACUUUGAAUCGUGGAUCUCCGGAACAUUGGACUAACACUGGAACUUUUAAGCGUGUUGAACUGCAAAAAGCACUUGGGAAUCAUCUCUCAUGGAAGGAUAGGUAUCCCCCAUUUUUUGAUGACAUUGCAGCCCGGUUGCUUCCUGUGAUCCCCCUUAUUGUUUACAGACUGAUUGAAAAUGAUGCCAUGGAUCAGGCUGACGUAGUUCUGGCUGUUUACUCUCAUUUUCUAGCUUACCACCCUUUCCGAUUCACAUUUGUUCGUGACAUACUCGCGUAUUUCUAUGGUAAUCUUCCUGGGAAGCUCAUAGUCCGAAUUCUGAAAGUACUUGAUCUUAGCAAGAUUCCAUUUUCUGAGUCAUUCCCACAACACAUUAGUUCUCCAAAUCCAGUCAUGUGCCCACCUCUGGAUUAUUUUGCUACUCUGCUACUGGGGCUGGUCAACCAUGUGAUUCCUCCAUUGAAUUGCAACACAAAAUCUGUUUCUGUUGGGGAUACUUCAAAUAAUUCAGCUCGAGCUCCGCAUAACAAAACUUUGCCAGCCCAGCCUGGCCAUAUGAGCGCUUCAGAAGGUCAAAAGGCAUUUUAUCAAAUUCAAGAUCCCGGCACGCACACUCAGCUGGUUCUUGAAACUGCUGUGAUAGAGCUGCUUUCACUUCCUGUAUCUGCAUCUCAAAUUGUGUCAUCCCUAGUUCAGAUUGUUGUUAAUAUCCAACCUACCCUAAUUCAAUCUAGUAAUUCUCUGCAUGGAGCCCCAAAUGGUGUUGGACAAGGUUCAGUCCUACCAACUUCACCUUCAGGUGGAAGCACUGAUUCCUUGAGUGCAAGCAGAUCUACUCCUUCAGUUUCUGGUUUAAGUACCUCUAACUUUGUCUGGCGAAGUGCUUAUACAUGUCAACAACUGUCUUGCUUGUUGAUCCAAGCUUGUGGGCUUCUAUUAGCUCAGCUUCCCACUGAAUUUCACUCGCAACUUUAUUUGGAGGCUACGCGCGUAAUUAAGGAGAGUUGGUGGCUGACUGAUAUAAAGAGGUCAUCGGGUGAACUAGACUCUGCUGUUGGUUAUGCAUUGUUAGAUCCAACUUGGGCUGCACAAGAUAAUACCUCAACUGCCAUUGGUAACAUAGUUGCGCUGCUUCAUUCCUUCUUCAGUAAUCUCCCUCAAGAAUGGCUGGAAGGGGCACAUGCCAUCAUCAAACAUCUUAGACCAAUUACAUCCGUUGCAAUGUUGAGAAUAGCAUUUCGUAUAAUGGGUCCAUUGCUUCCAAGACUUGCCAAUGCUCACUCUCUUUUCAACAAGACGCUAUCAUUGUUGUUAAGCACAUUGGUGGAUGUCUUUGGGAAGAACUCACAACCCUCAAACCCCGUUGAAGCAUCAGAAAUAAGGGAUCUCAUUGAUUUCCUGCAUCAUGUUGUCCAUUAUGAAGGUCAGGGAGGACCUGUGCAGGCAAACAGCAAGCCCAGACCUGAGGUACUUGUUCUUCUUGGUAGAGCAUCCGAGAGACUUAGACCAGAUGUGCAGCACCUUUUUUCUCACUUGAAGCCUGAUGUGAACACUUCCAUCUAUGCCGCCACCCACCCGAAGCUUGCACAAAAUCCAGGACAAUGAAAGCAUCAAUAGCCGACUCCUGGAACAUCAUCAUAUGUUUGCUCAAUAAAAUUACAAGGGGCUCCUCAUUUGGCUGUUUUCCGCUCUGAUACAUGCUUGCAUUUGAAAGCAAAGCACUCGCUGCCUUUGAAGCGUGAAGAUAUGCAAGUCUACUUGGUGCCCACCUCGGCGUCAUAAAUAACCCACAAACCAUGUUCGCUGUAUAAUAUCAGGUAAUCUCCUGUAAAUCUGUAAAUACCCCAUCUUGUGAUAUAUGGAUGGGUGAACGUAAUUGGGGUCUUUUAAUCUGACCUGUUUUUUGGUCAAAUAACUUGCAUGAUGUAGUUGAGGCUUGAUUUUCUACUAGCCUACUAUUGUUAGAUAGCACCUCGAAUCUUGGUUAUUUAUUAAAACUUCAAGUGGA